AUGAAUAAAACAACAAAAUUGUCGAUUAAUUUAUUAAAAAGUGGUUGUCAAUAUAGUAGUAGAAGAUGGUAUACACCAAUUGAAAGCCAUAUUUCAGAUGAUAGUCCCAAUAUCUUGGAAAAAGAAAAAAACCGAUUACUGGAAGGAAAAGUUAAAGGUUUUUUAAAGCACGCGCCUGGAUGGAAUGAAGCUUUAGCUUCUGAUAGUGAGGCAUGUGUAAAAGCUGACCGCGAACCAGACUCGCCAUCAAUCGCAUACCUUCAACAUCAAACAAUUAGCGAUUUACUUGACAAAUAUAACGAUAAGGAGGUUGACGCUAACGUUACCAUCGAUACUGAUGCUCACCAAAAAAUUAAAAUUCAUGGACAU